AUGGCACCCGCCAGAAUCUCCCCUCCAUCCUCACCAGCCCAGGCCCAAGGCCUGACAGCCGCGCAACGCGAAGCGUGGGACAAAAACGGCUACCUCAUCAUCCCCAACGCCCUCUCCGAGUCCGAAGUGCAAUCUCUCCUGACCGAAACGCACGCAAUGCUCGAUGGCUUCUCCCUCGAAGGCCACCCCAUGACCAAGUUCUCCACAGGCGACACCACCAACCACGGCAGCGACGACUACUUCCUCACCUCCGGCGACAAAAUCCGCUUCUUCUUCGAAGAGGACGCGUUCGAUGCCCAAGGCUCCCUCACGAAACCCAAGCAGCGCGCUAUAAAUAAAAUCGGCCACUAUUUGCAUCACCUCUCCCCCGCCUUUCGCGCCGUCUCCGUUAAUGAGCGCAAUGCGCGCAUCGCCCGUGAUCUCGGCUUCCGCGACCCGAGAGUCCUGCAGUCCAUGGUCAUCUGCAAGCAGCCCGAGAUCGGCGGCGCCGUUCCGCCGCAUCAGGAUUCCACUUUCCUGUACACCGAUCCCCCGUCCGCCGUUGGGUUCUGGUAUGCGUUGGAGGACUGCACGCUGGAGAACGGGUGUUUGUCUUUUGCGCCGGGGUCGCAUCGCCGGGCGCCUGUGGGGAGUCGCUUUGUCCGCACUGCGGAUGGGCGGAGUACGACGUUUGAGCCGAAUGCGGGAACUGUGUGGCCUGCGGAGCACGCGGUGGAGGAGAGCGGUGCUGAGGGAGAUGAGAAGUAUGAACUUGGCGAGGUCAAGGCGGGGACUUUGGUGCUCAUCCACGGCAAUGUCUUGCAUAAGAGCGAGAAGAAUCUCAGCAAAAAAGGCCGGAUGAUUUACACCUUCCACUGCAUAGAGGGGGGUAAUCGGUACGACGAGCGGAACUGGCUGCUGCCGCCAGACACCGGCUUCACCAAGCUGAACGAGGCCCUGAGAUAG